AUGAAGGUGAUUGGCCGGAUUCUGGCGUGCGUGCUAUUGGCAGCUAUAAUCGCGAAAAAUGUAAUUGCAACGAGUGCCGCGAAUAUUAAAUCUACAACGGGACGAAAUAACAAAAUCGUACAAUUCAAUACUACGAGACUAGAAUUGGUUCCGGAACUAUCGCCGCUGAAUGCUGAAGAUUUUCGAGGUAUACUGAACAGCGUAUUUAGAAACAAAAAUGAUCAAGACAUUGAGAGAUUUGAAGAGGCUCGCACUUUUGGUAAAAUCAGAAGAUUGCAGUUCAUGUUGAUGCCGUUGAUAUAUAAAAUGGGAGUAAUGAUGACAAUGUUGACGGUAUUGACAGCGAUCUCAGUCAAGGGACUUUUCGUUGGCAUUAUACUGCUGAUACUUAAACUCAGCACUUUUCUAGCGAAAUUUUAUUCCGGCUGGCAAGCAUCAUCGCAACCAAUUCACCUACACAUUCACAAUAGUUCUCCAUAUGUUCACCCACAAAUGUAUCAUAAUUGGGUACCGUCGAGUGGUCCCGAGAAUCACUAUUAUUGAAAGAGAUAAAUCAUACGUAAAGAUAUUUUGUUUCCGAUUAUAA